AUGUCAGCUCCUCGUACGCCGCCGCCUCUAGAGGCAGCUAAUGCACCAGCCUCGGUACCACCAAACGCGCUAGAGACCCCAGCGGAGGCCGCAUCUAGGUCUCCAGGCCAUGAUGUGGCUUCUCCUGAUUCACAUCCGUUACUCGAAGUAGCGGCGUCGCUCCUCGCUCGUCUGAAGCCCUUCUUGUCGGAGUCGCACAUCGAGGUCGAGGGGCGACUUUGUAGCCUCGGCCAGCCUCAGAAGCGAGCAGGUGAGAGCACGCAGAAGGCCCCUGUUGGUGCUACUGCUACAUCGAUCCCAUUGCACGAUGCACCGCGUAUCGUGGCCGGCGGACAUCGUCGCAUUCAAGUCGGUGUGAGCGCGGAAGACUUCGCCAGGAUGCAGGCGUACGUGGCAGAAGAGGUGGAGGCCUUGCCGUUCCAGCAGUCUGUAACGGAGGAUGUCAUUACAAAGACUGGCCGCUACACGUACGCCGUUGCCGAAGACUUGUCAGAGUCGUUUGUCGGGUGCAUAGAGAAGAGGCGCCUGUGCAACGUCGAGGUGCUCGUGCCGGGCUGCCCGUACGACAUUCGUGUCUCCAUCAGCACGGAGGUGCCCAAGACAGCGACGAAUGCGCCUGCUGUAAAACCAAAAGGGCACGUUCGUCGCAAGCGGCGGUGGACAGCAACGACCGAGUCCUUCGAGUACGCCUUUACGCGCGUCGGCGCCGACGACCAGCGGUAUCCAAACUUCGAGGUGGAAAUUGAGGGCGUGCACGCGAACAGCCAGGCUGGUGUGACCGAGGCUUGGCUGGUGGAUCUGCUGCGCCGUUUGCUGGCCCUCGCACAGUUGAAGGGCAACACCGGAUUGCCACAAAAGUCGGUGCGUGGAGAACACCAAUGA